GGUGAGUUGGGUUGGUCGCGGACGCGGUUCCGAUUGGAUUAGCUGUCGUCUCUGGAUUUUUUGGGUUGCGGCUUCUUCUUAAAGGCUGGUCCUUUACGUUCCAAUUGUACCUUUUGAGAUCUUGGUUCCUUGUGGUUGGUGAACAGUGAUCCUGGUUUUGACGUUGUAGUGAUAUCUAGCGGAUACUGAUGGAUUCAGCCAGGACUUGGUUUCAGAAAUUACAGACUAAAGAGAAGAUUGCAUCUAAGAAGAAUGAAUUGGGAUUACACGGAAUGGAUGGUACUGAAGAAACACCUUCUGAUGCGACAAAGCAAAGGGUGGCAGCUGCUAAGCAAUACAUAGAAAAUCACUAUAAAGAGCAAAUGAAAAAUUUGCAAGAACGCAGGGAACGGCGUCAUAAUCUGGAGAGGAAACUAGCUGAUGCUGAUGUUUCUGAAGAAGAUCAACACAAUAUUCUUAAGUAUUUGGAGAAGAAAGAGACAGAAUACAUGCGCCUUCAAAGGCAUAGAAUGGGAGUUGAUGAUUUUGAAUUACUUACGAUGAUAGGAAAAGGCGCUUUUGGGGAGGUCAGGGUCUGUAGGGAGAAAGAAACUGGUAAUGUAUAUGCAAUGAAGAAGCUUAAAAAAUCAGAGAUGCUACGUCGAGGACAGGUUGAGCAUGUUAAAGCUGAAAGGAAUCUUCUUGCAGAGGUUGACAGCAAUUGCAUAGUGAAGCUAUACUGUUCCUUUCAAGACAAUGAAUACCUAUAUCUUAUCAUGGAAUACCUACCUGGUGGCGACGUGAUGACAUUGCUUAUGCGAAAGGAUACACUGAAUGAGGAUGAGGCCAGAUUCUAUAUUGGUGAAGCAGUUUUGGCUAUUGAAUCCAUCCACAAACACAAUUAUAUUCACAGGGAUAUAAAGCCUGACAAUUUGUUACUCGACAAAUUUGGUCACCUGAAGCUUUCAGAUUUUGGAUUAUGUAAGCCACUGGAUUGCAGUAAUUUUCCAAAUUUGCAAGAAAAGGAUAUUACUAGUGGAAGGAACUCUGGCGGGUCUUCCCACUCUGAUGAACGUUCAUCUGCACCAAAGAGGACACAACAGGAACAACUAGAGCACUGGCAAAGGAAUAGAAGGACAUUGGCAUACUCUACUGUUGGUACACCUGACUAUAUUGCUCCAGAAGUUCUACUGAAGAAAGGUUAUGGCAUGGAAUGCGACUGGUGGUCGCUUGGAGCCAUCAUGUUUGAAAUGCUUGUAGGUUAUCCUCCAUUUUAUUCUGACGAACCUAUGGCAACAUGCAGGAAGAUAGUUAAUUGGCGAACACACCUGAAGUUUCCUGAUGAAGCAAAACUAUCUGCUGAUGCAAAAGAUCUAAUCAGUAAACUCUUGUGCAAUGUUGAACAACGGCUUGGCACAAAAGGUGCUGAUGAAAUAAAGGUGCACCCUUGGUUUAUGGGCACUGAAUGGGACAAACUUUAUCAAAUGGAGGCUGCAUUUAUACCAGAGGUGAAGGAUGAGUUGGAUACCCAAAACUUUGAGAAGUUUGAAGAGUCUGGUGAGCAAAUUCAGAAUUCAUCUAAGUCAGGCCCUUGGAGAAAGAUGCUUUCAUCCAAGGAUUUGAAUUUCAUGGGCUACACAUAUAAGAACUUUGAAAUAGUUAAUGAUCAUGUAGUGCCUGGGAUAGCUGAGUUGAAGAAGAAGGAUAAACUGAAGAGGCCAAGUAUCAAAUCACUCUUUGAAUCCUCAGAGACAGAAGACCAGUCUGAUGAAGCUAUUCAAGGGACCUUCGUAAACUCCUGCCAAUUAGAAGUCUCAAAAAGCCAGGGCUCAUCUUCUCCAUGAACGCCAUUGAUUAAUAUCAGCAAUUACGGAGGCUCAUCUUUUCGACAAAUCACAUUGGUCACCAAAGGGUGUUGGUCCAAAUAGUUCUCUGGUGCAGCAUCUAAUCAAUCAGGCAAAAUUGCAAGCA